CGCUGUAAAUUGACAUUACGUACAAAAUUUGCUUCCGUAACUCUGAGAGCAGUAUUUCCAGGCGUACUCAGACGAAUUCGUAAAUAUGUCGUUCGCUUCUAUAGUUUUUGUGCUUUUCGUUGCCUCAGCCAGUGCAUCUCCUUUGGGACAAGAGAAAUGUUCAUGGGGUCCCUCAUACUGGUGUGCAAAGUACAAACAAGCUGUAGAAUGCAAUGCAUUGGAACACUGUCGUACAAAAGUUUGGUCGGUUAAAGAGGAGGUUGCUUGUGAUGUCUGUAAAGAACUUGACCCUUUGCUCAGAGGAUACCUGGAGCAAAAUGCAACUCAAACAGAGCUCAUUACUCUAUUAGAGGAAGUUUGUGAGAAGUUUGGUGGAUCUUAUGCAUCAAUGUGCAAAUCCUUAAUUGAUCAGUAUGAACCACUGCUCAUUAACACCAUUUUGGAGUACUUGGCUGAUCCUCAGCAACUUUGUACAAUGUUGGGAUUAUGUUCAAGCAAGGUGAAACAAGUUGAAGCCAAGCUCAUCUUCAAGCCCUUGCAGAAACAGAUGAAAACACUGAUGACACCUCUCGUUCUUGCUGCCAAGCACAAGUCAGCUGUUGUCAAAUCCAAACCUUUCAAGGCUUCUCCUCAGUGUAUUUUGUGCGAGUUUAUCAUGGACAAACUUGAUUCCAUUCUCAAGCAGAAUGCAACUCGGCAAGAAAUUGAGGAUGCUUUGGACAAAGUUUGCAGCUACUUACCAUCUUCAAUCUCUGCUGAGUGUACACAGUUUAUCAAUCAGUAUGGUGAUGCAAUCUUGCAAAUCCUUGCUCAAGAACUUGAUCCAAAGGAAGUUUGUACAGCACUUCAAAUUUGUACUAGUGAGGUGAAAGGUAAAGCCAUGGAGAAGCCAAAGGUCCAUCUUCCUAACAGCAAUGAGACUUGUAAAAUUUGUGAAACUGUCAUGACUGUCUUGAAGGUGUUUCUGGCAGACAAUGACACUCAGCAAGAGAUUAUAAAUGCAUUGAAAACAUUUUGUGGCUAUCUGCCAGACCAGAUUGCUUCUGAGUGCACUGCAGUUGUUGCUGAGUAUGGGCCAGCCAUUCUGAAUCUGAUUGCGGAUAGUGAUCCUGCAACCCUAUGUGAGGAAAUUGGAUUAUGUUCUGCCUUCAAUAAAGUGGCAUUGAAAAAGGAGGGCAAAUUCUGUUUCCUUGGUGCCUCAUACUGGUGUCAAAACAAGUUCAAUGCAAUCCAAUGCAAUGCUUUGAAACACUGCACAGACCAUGUGUGGAACUGAGGCAAAACGUAUUCAAAGAAGAGAGCCUUUUGCUUCAAUUUUUUUUGUACUGGUGAUUAAAAAUUAGAAGUAGCUUAUUGCUGCCUUAUUCUUUCCCUUCAGAGAUUGAACUUUCAUACAUCAUUUUCUUUUAGGAUAAAGGUUAAGAUAGUGCAGAAAAUGCCUGUGUGAUUCCUAUCUCUCAAUGAUUCGCGCGGAGGUUAUAUUCUUUGAAUUUGAUAUUUGUUGAGGCAGCAAGCCAGCUCUCGUCGCCAUGGGUGAGGAGCUACUUGCCUCAGCCUUUUGGUAAACCUUUGAUCUAAUUAACUACUGUCGUCGCUUAACCACUUUUGCAUGUUUUGUGCAGCGCUUGUUCUUAAUGACAUAGUGACAUCCAAAAACAGUCGAGGGUGUUAUGUUGAGAACAACACUCGGAAAUAAGAUUCCACUGCAUUAUUUUUACGAUAAUUACCUUGUAAUGGAAACACCACGUAGUUUUUUUAUUUGCCUGAAAUAAAAUGGCAAUGCCGCUUUUUUAAAAGUU